GUAUAGGGAAAGAAAACACAAAGUGAAAAAAUUUGAGAAUUUGUUUGCAGAAACAAAGAAAGCCAUGGAAAAAUUAUAAAGGAGUAAUAUUUGAUUUUUCUGUCAACAUUCAUUACGAGCAAAUAUAUUGUUAGUUCAACGAGUGGAAAAAUCACCGUAACGACGCCUAUAAUAUGACCACAAAUUCAGCUAAUACUGAUCUCUACUUGCGCCCUCUGCCUUUCCUUGAUGCCAAAUGGGUGCGUGCCGAUCUCAUAGCGUGUCUGCGGAAUCCCGAAGAUGCUGCUGUUUUAUGGAAUAAUCUUAUUCAAGAUUGUGAACUAGUUUCCUCCGCGGCUGCUCCAGUUUUAAAUGCUGCCGGCAACCUGUCUUAUUUAGGUGACGAUGGCAAACACUAUUGUGGUGUUCAGAAAUUGCAAUGCUCCUGCUGCCCACCCAGCGAUUAUUGUGGCCCUCUGUCAGCUUGUAAUUGUACUGCUUGCCACACACUUGAUUCAGAUGCGGCCAUUAAAAAGAUGACUACUGCUGCUCAGGUGGCUGCUAUAUAUGCUCAACGUGUUGAUAGUAACGAAAUCUUUCUGUCUUGGUUGUGGGGAUACACGCCAAAUGCAGCAGCCAAAUUAGAUUGCCAACGUACCUUGCUAAAUGAGAUGCAUGACACUGCUCUUCAGGCGGCCGGCAAUUGCCUUUCCGCUCUACACCUACGACAACAGCUCUUUAUCUAUGAGCGAUAUUUUGUAGCCUUGACUAGAUGGCAGCAGCAACAACAACAACAGCAACAGCAACAAAUCUUUAAUCAGCAACAAAUUCAAACUAAUGAUAGUAAUUUCACUCAAAAUAAUAAUCCGACUAUACCGUUUAAUUCGUCACUGGGAGGACAAAUGAAUAAAUUUGUUGCCAGUAGAGAGCGGUUUGGUAAAAUUCGCCACGCUCCUUCACAAGAACUACGAUCUCCCCGAAAAGAUGGAGAACGAGCUACACUUGGCUUGGCUCGUGUGUGUACAAGGGCCGCUUUGAAUUUUUCUUUUUUUUUUCUAAGGCGAGCUUGGCGUUCAGGUGAAGAUACCGAGAUGUGCAGUGAACUGUUGUGUGAAGCAUUGGAAUCUUUGCAAGAUUUACCCGAAGCUCUUUUAUUUGACACUUCACAGGUAUCACCUCUGUGGAUAGAAGUUUUGGAGCGCUCCAUUAAAUUUCUUCGCCAAGUAGCUUUGGGUGACUCUUUAGGAGGACGAUGCACUGCCCCAAAAGAAGAUAGGCAUACUGCGCUGUGUUUGCUUUUAGAAUUAGGCGUUCAAAAAGGUACAUUAGCGGCUAGUCUUGAGGCGGUAGUGCUUUUGCUUACACUGUGGGAAAAAGAAAAGACUACCGACGACAACCGCGAUGUCCCUCAAAAUUCUGGAGCUCCCCUGAUUCCCAUCCUAAAACGUUACGAAUCUGUCGGGAAUUAUGGUUUAACAACAACUAAUUCCUCUGAAGCGUUGCCAUCAAGUGCAACUGAAUGCUUUUUACGUUUCCUCACCUUACCGGAACUUGAAGCUGCUAACGUAGAUUUGAAACAAGCAGCAGUGGUAAUUAUUUCUCAUUUAGAUAGAAUGGCUCAACCCCAUAUGUUAUCAGGUCAUUCAGUGCAUGUUGCAAACCAGACAAUAAAAUUAACCAUGACAUCUAAGGGAUCUUUGGAACCUCAGAACUCCGAAGAAAAUGCUCAUUGCGGUAUGAACACAACUGAUGGCAACAAUAGUAAUGGCGUGGAUAGCUCGCCCAUGUCACCACAAUUACACGAACAACGUAUAUAUGCAUUGGGUUGGAUUUCGCUGUGUCCAAAUCAGUAUGGUUUUACAGCCGAACCUGCUGUGAGCAUUCCUUUGGCUGGCGUCAAUAACACUUGUGCUCAGUAUACAGCUCCAGUAUUAAAUUUUUAUUUUCAAGUACAACAGGUUGUUAUAUCGGAAGAAUAUGUAUUAUUUUUAACCCAAGACGGCAAAAUGUACACUUGGCGCAUAUCGAAGCCGGAAACAGAACCCAUGUUAAUUGAAGAGCUAUCAGAUGUUCAUAUAAUUUUGGUAGCAGCUCAUUGCGAAGGUCGUCACUAUUUGGCGGUAGAUAGCACAGGUAAUGCCUAUUCUUGGGGAAAUGGGGAAGGCGGACGUUUGGGCCAUGCAGACACCUUGCCACGAGAGCAACCAACCAAAAUUAAAACGCUGGAGCGUUGUGUUAAAUCAGUUCAUGCUGGCUGCACUUACAGUGCUGCUAUCACACUCCAUGGCAGCCUUUAUACUUGGGGUCGCGGUACAUAUGGUCGCCUCGGUCAUGGCAAUUCAGAUGAUAAACUGUUGCCCACUCGAGUAAUUGCUUUAGAAGAACACAAUAUUGUUGAUGUAGCUUUGGGCAGCGGCGAUUCUCAUACCUUGGCUGUAACAACUACGGGAUUGGUAUUCUCUUGGGGUGAUGGCGAUUUCGGUAAACUCGGAAAUGGCUCCUGCAAUGGUUCGCAACCACCGCAAUUGAUUGAAGCAUUACCCAGAGCGCAGAGAGUCUUUGCUGGUGCUCAGUUUUCGGUGGCCUUAACGUGUGAUGGUAAACUCUAUUCAUGGGGUAAAGCAAAUGGGGGCCGUUUGGGCCACGGACAGCUAGAUAAACAAGUGCAAUGUUUGAGCACACCAAAAAUCAUUAGCACUCUUCAAUCCAAAGUUAUUGUAGACGUUGCCAUUGGGGUUUCCCAUUGUUUGGCUUUAAGUUCAAACGGUGAAGUUUUCGGCUGGGGCCGUAAUGAUUAUCAGCAAAUAUGUCCGGCAUCCGUUAGCAAGGAGCCUUUGCUAAAGUAUCCAAUAUUAGCUACUCACCCAUCGGUAUACGCAUAUGGCAUUGCUUGCGGUGCAGCUCAAAGCAUUAUCUGGAGUCAGACAUCUGUACAAGGCAUACCAGUCCGUGUGCCUUUCGUUAUAGAUUUAAGUGAACAUACGUUUCGAUUGUUGGAUCAGUUGCUAAAUAUGGUUUGCGGACAAGAUUCGAAUAAUCGACAGACACCUAACCAGGAAUCGGAAUGUGUUGCUGUGGCAUGUUUAAAUUUGCUGCGAUUGCAAUUGCAUGCCUUAAUCGCAAACGGUGUACGGCCAAUAUCAGUAGGAUUAUCGGAAGGUUCUCGAUUGUUAGUCAGUCUAAAAACUCGCAUACUCUCAUUGGCAGGCGGAGCGAAUGUUUUACGCACGAUGCAAGAAGCUGCACAAUGGGCUCUUCAAGUGGGUUGGAGCGUUCUUUUACCAACCGCUUCAGAACGAGCUCAAACUUUAACUUCUCUUUUGCCGUCCGAGCCUGGUGUUUCAACGGCUGGACAUCGAUUUAUGACUGACUUGCUAGUUGGAUCGUUAAUGGCAGAAGGAGGCUUAGAGACUGCCUUAAAUCAGGCUAUACGCUUGGAGUCUAACGACUGUGCCGACAACGGGCAUAAUCUGCCCUUAUUGCAUUUAAUCAAACAAUUAUUGCGAAACAAUUCAGCCCUUACUCAAGCCAAGCUUACACAACUCCUGUUACAAAAUAGCAACGGCAUUGUUAAGGUGGAGGAGGAGUCACCAUCAUUGUGUUCACUGAACGCGCAGGAGUGUUCAAGUCCCAGCUUAGAUUUAUUGCACAGAUUUCAACGUUUAUUAUUUUCUUAUAUACAUCAAAGCCAAAAAAGUGAAGAUCUUAGUGGAGCAGAAAUGUUACUCACUAAAUAUUUGCAAAGUGCGGUCAAUUUAUGCAUACAUUCACUGCAAAAGGCGCAUGAAAUUGCACUUCAGGGCAAAGAGGGUGUAGCCGAUAUUCUUAUGGCUGACAUAUCAGACACUCUAUUGUACGAAUUACUUAUAGGUUUAAUUUUAUUGAAACGGGAUAAACCUUCGAUUAUGCCUGCUUUUGACUGGUGUAAUCAAUUUAUCCCACUUUUACAUGCUUUGGACAAUUUGAAUCGUCUAAUUUGCGAUAGCGAUGUGCAAGAUUCGGAUGAUUUGGGAUGGCCGGGUAUAAUAUGUCGUGGCAACCCGAGCAAAACUAGUAUCCAUUCUACGCAACCAGAAGAAUGGAUUUUGAUACGUAAGCAUGACCUAGAGAAUCAUAUAUUGGAUGGAGGAAAAUGGAUCGUUCUCAACAAUUUCGUUUGCGAUAUUAGUGAAUAUAAAGUUGAUAUUCCAGGGAUCAAGGAUUACCUUCGAGAAGGUAUUGGUAAAGACCUGACUACAGACAUAAGCAAUAGUAGUUAUUGUGCUCAUUUGGAAUACAUUUUGAAUAACUACAAAGUCGGCCGGUAUGCUUCUAGCGUCAACGAUGAGAAGCCCCACUUACAGCAAAGUAAAGUUCUUGCACAUUUCACAUCAGAACGGGCUCUGGCCUAUUUGUUGGGCUUAAUUGCAAACACUUUACAAAUGGGUACACCGUUGCAGCCCGCAGAGUUGCAGGGCAGAACCAUUUUAAAGUCUAGAAUUUUUAGUGGCGGCCUACAAGUACUACAACCUAGCAACCCUUUUGAUGAAGAGAAGGGUGAAGCACGCAGUAGUGCAAGUACCGCUGGAAGUACUCCAACGGAGCCCCCACCUCAUAACCUACCAUCGGUUGGAGCUUCGGCAGUUACUACAAACAAUGUACAGCAUCGUAUUGAGACUUUAGUUUGUGGUUUGGCAGAUGGUCGAUUAACAGACCCAUUGGUAGUGACAUGGAUGACAAUAUCGGAGCGCUUUUGUAAAGAUAACAACCUUAUUUGGCAUCAAGAGUUCCCCCCUGAACAUCCAGUCCAAGAAUUAGAACGUUUGCUGACUGGUGUUCUAAUACGCCAUCAAAGCCUGGGAGGAAUGAUUUUGAAUACUAUUGAGCGGGAACUAACAGGCGUGGCAAACUCGGCAACCAAAUUACCAAAGCAAAUAGCGGAAAUUAUAAAACUGAUUUAUCAAACAAAGUGGUCGGUGGUGCGCAUAAGACAGCAAUUGAAUCGCAGCUAUAAAGAAGUUUGCGCACCCAUGUUAGAACGUUUACGUUUUCUGCUUUAUGAGGUUAGACCGGCAAUUAGUCUAGAGCAGGAGGGCUUGAGAAGCCUCUCCAUUUUGCACACUCUGCCACGCUUUAAACGUAUCGCUCGUAAAAUACUUUCAGAUAUGAGAGUUGCAAAAAAACAAUUAGCAUGUGCUAAGCCCGAAGACAUUUUAAAUGUGACAAUCCAGAGCCAACAUGUGGCACAAAGGCUGAAUCAAUCCCAGGAAUGUCUCCUUGAUGCAAGUCAUGUACAAAAUAUAAGCGAUGAAAACAAUUCUAUAUCAGCCGCAGAGCCAGUGACAACAAUAUCCAAUUCCGCAACGAUAUGUUCGCAUUUAGCUCGUAAUACAUCGCACGAAAAUCUACUGGAUGGAGGAGAUAAUAAUCUUAUGUCAACUGAACGCAAAACCGUUAAUGAAGAAGUCAAAUUACAAGCUCCUGAAAUUGACUUUGAGGAUAAAAAACCAGACGCUGAACCUCGCCUGAAUAACGACUUUAUUCGUAAGCUUUGUGAAAAGUGGUAUUUUUCUGGCGAGUUGAAUGUAACACUUAUGAAUGAGAUAGUAGGGUUUGUUAUGCAAGAGGUUUGUGAUGUGGAAACUGUGCGACGCGCCAUGUAUUGUCAAGUGCAGCGCUAUCAGAUCCGACGUCAGGGCUUAGAAAUGUUUCAUACUAUUUUGCAAGUUAAUGGUUUAUUAGAUGCGGUCAAGUAUAAUAUAUUGAGUGGUUACUUAGGUCUGCAUCUGAAAAAUAGUAAAAACACCACUUUGAACGUCUUAGAUGAUCUUAACUCUAUAACAGCAUUUCAGAAGGCAAAUCUGAUGUUAGCUCAAGCUCGAAUUUUGGAAUGGGCUAUAGAAGAGUUGAAACGUUUAGUCAAUCAAGAACAGAUCCAAUUAAAAUCCAAAUGUAAUGUAACCGGCAAGGACAACUCAAAUUUAGGCACUUAUGUAUUUUUAAAGAAAUUGCCUAGAGCACGUUUUCUUCUGAGUAUAUUUGGAAUUUUGGCCAAAGACAUGGGUCCAAAUGAGUUAAGUCUAUUAAUCAAUUCUGGAACGCUGGGAACUGUUUUGGGUCUACUCAGCCAAACAGGUGGAGAUAUACCGGCAGUCAAGAAAAGAUAUGAAUUGUCUGUUGUGUAUGAAGAUACUAUAUUGAAACAAAGAUCUAAUAAGGCCAAUCUAUCUGGUCCGGAAUUGGCAAAAUUAAUGAAAAUUGGCACACGUAUUGUCAGAGGAGCUAAUUGGAAAUGGGGUGAUCAAGACGGCAAUCCACCUGGAGAGGGACGCAUUAUCAGUGAAGUUGGUGAAGAUGGGUGGGUUCGUGUAGAAUGGUACACUGGCGCCACCAAUUCCUAUCGCAUGGGUAAAGAAGGUCAAUACGAUUUACGUUUGGCUGAUAGUGCCUUAAAUAUUGCUUCGCCGGAUACAGAAACUGAAAAAAUUGAAUAUUUUUCUGAUGCUCAGUUAAAUGGAGAAUCUCAUCCAAACCCCUCUAAAUUAUUACGCUUUGCUUGUAUUCAAAUGCUGCAAAUUUUAUCUGUAGGCAUUGGAUUGCAUUCUGAGAAGAUGAAUAAACAUGCAAUUUAUGGUAUAUGUUCCAUGUUUCGUUCUAUACUAAAUCCUGAUUCAACGUUAGCGAACAUUUGUGGUCUUGAUAAUUGGAGAACAUUAGGAUUUUUAAAAUCCAUUGCUGGUGAGUCUCCAGCAUUAUCCAAACAUUUAACUUCUUCAAUAUGGAUUAACUUCUACAUAAAUCUGCUUGAGCAACCCACCCUAAGAGAGCAGGAUGUGUUUCGUAAGAUUCACUGCCUUCGUUUAUUGCAGAUUGUUCUUGUGUAUUGGACGAGUGAAAGCGAUUUACCACGCAUGUGUGCGCUCGUCCGACAAAUAUUUUCCACCCUGGGUAAAUUAACACUCUACUGUCCAAACGAUUCUUCUUUGCUGCAGACAACAAACGAAAAUAAACCUAGAGUACUGUUGACAGCUUCACACUCUGGCACUGUAGCUGAGGAAAUUGUCGCCUUGCUAAGACGUUUACAUACACUGCCUGUUUGGAAUACAUCCAUAAACUCAUUUUUAUCGCAAAAGUUGUGCGUAGCUGCUGAAUUAUUUGGCGAAGACGGUUUAGACUUACAGCAUCUAGAAAAUGAGUAUAUAUUUGUGAUGGGCGUAUUGAGUACUAUUGGAGGUUGCGAUAUACGACCGCGAGUUGGUCUUCAAGUACAUUUUGAAGGCGAUUUAUGCACUAUUUGCCGGUUUACCACUAAAGGAAAAUGUUUGCUUAGUAUGGCUUGUCAGUCGUUGAGCGGUGAAUUUCGCCUCCUUUCAUUGAAUACUGCUCUAGAAGGCGCCGACUAUAGUGUGUUCAGUUUAUCUCGACUGCCUAUGAACGAGAUGCUCUUAAAUUCAUGGUCUGUUCUUCUCUAUGGUCCUGGAGAAAGAAAAGAGUCUGUUCCCAAUGUCAUAGAUAUAAGUCUUUUGCGUUCUCAACAAAUACAGUUAGCUGUUCUUAAUGCAAACUGCGUUUUAUAUCGUCAUCAAAUAGCACUUAGAAAAAUUUUGAAGCAACGUUCCCCUGGAAUGUGUUCAUACUCAUCAGAAGAAAGUGUAUCUGAGGAGGAGCAGAUACAAAAACCAGUUGGAGAUGCAGAUACCCCGCGGACACUGGAUUCAAAUAAUGAGGAAUUUUCCAAUGCUUCUUUUUCAGGUGCAAAUGAGAAUGAACUUUUAAUACAGAGUAUAUUGAUUAGAGCAACACAACCAUCCCCUGUUAAAGCGUGCUAUAAUUACAACGAGUUAGCCACAGCUGCUUUAAAUUGUGCACAGGUGCUGGCUUCUCAAGUUCAUUCGGAGAUAAAUGAUUCAGGACCGUUAAGCGGACGUAGCGGUAAUGUAAUGCCUUCUAUUCAACCUACUAUGAUUCAUGGCACACCAAUUUACAACAUGAGUGUAUUCGACGAAGCUACAGGGACUAGCAAUCCUGUGGCACUUGAAACGAAAUCGUCUGAUCAAUCAAUAGCCUUUACUACACUCCUUAUUUCACAAAUAACUGAAAUGGGUUUCAGUAAAAAAUCUGUAGAACUGGGUGUUAAGCAACUUACCAUACAUCCAGAUAUAAUACCGACCCCGGAGCAAAUAGUACAGUGGAUUUUAGAACAUCCGGAUAUUUGUAACAAUACUAUAGAUCCUAUUGACUAUAACGAUCCAUCAGAGUUGGAGACUAACACCAACGCUAUGAUGGCCAAUAAAGUAGCUUUAUUGCAGGAUCGUGAAACGGACUCUGAUAAUGAGAGUUUAGAUAGCAGCUCGGAUACAGUUGAAGGUUCAUCAAUGCAGGAUCAAUCUGUAAAAUUCGAGAGCCGAAAAGAUUUUCAAUCAGCAGAUCAAUAUGCUAUGUAUGUCCGAGGUUUGGUUACCCCCGGAAUGAUAGUGCGCUGUUGUUUAGAUUUCGAGGAAAUCAAGAAGGGGGAUAUUGGCACUGUUCUUAAAGUAGAUACGGAAGGCUUGCACGAUCUUAAUGUUCAAGUGGAUUGGCAAUUACAUGGUAACACAUAUUGGAUGUGUUUUGCUCACAUUGAAUUGCUUGAAAUGUCUCGUGAAAAGUUAGUUUUUAAUAUGAAUACAGGCCGUUUAUCUCAAAUACAAACGGGUUCUCAGGUACGAAUGCGUGCUGCUCCUCGUUAUAAAUGGGGCAAUAUUUUACGAGGCAGUGUGGGAACGGUAACCGCAGUUUGUGGUAAACAUGUUAGCGUGGACUUUCCACAGCAUCCAGGUUGGAAAGGUUCUAUUAACGAUAUAGAGGCGGUGGGAACCUCGGUACAGGGCAGUACCUUAUUGGGCCUUAAUAGUUUAUCAACUCCUGCGUCUACAGAUCUCAUAGAAGACUGGUCUAGAUGUAUACGCUCUCUAACUGUAUCCUCCAAUGAAAGCACUGCCAAACACUUGCUUGAUCGUAGUCCUAAUUGUUGGCAAAGUUCUUCUAGCACACAAGGAAAACAUUGGAUUCGCUUAGAAAUGCAUGAAAAUGUUUUAGUACAUAAUCUUUCUAUACUUGUGAGCCCAAGUGACCACUCCCAUAUGCCUUCGUUAGUAGUUACAAGAGUUGGCGAUAGUAUUGGUAACUUAAAGGAAUAUUCGUGGAUCUCAAUCAAAAAUACGGACACAACUGUGGUGCUAAUGACAGAUGUUCGCCAAUAUUACCCUUGGAUUGAAGUAGUCAUUAAGCAGUGCCGUAACAACGGAAUACAAUGUAAAGUUCACGCACUCAACAUACUAGGAAGACGAAAACAAACUGAUUUGGACUUAAUGCUUAUGAAUGCUUCUUUCUUGGCCUGUGAAUAUGAUAAUCUUUCUGAUUCUAAUCAAAAUCUAACGGCAAUGUACAUCGACCCAAAAUAUUCCGCCCUUAGUGAUCCUCCUUGUACAGUAAUGGUGUGGGGCUUAAAUGAUAAAGAACAAUUAGGCGGACUAAAAGGCUCGAAAGUUAAAGUGCCCACAUUCUCGCAAACUAUUAGUCGUUUGCGCCCGAUCCAUAUUGCUGGUGGCUCGAAAUCUCUCUUCAUAGUAUCUCAAGAUGGUAAGGUGUAUUCGUGCGGAGAAGGAACAAAUGGUCGUUUGGGCUUAGGGACCAGUGUUAAUGUUUCAGUACCACGCCAAAUACCAGUUCUACACCAGUAUGUGGUUAAGAAAGUAGCAGUACAUUCGGGAGGAAAGCAUGCUCUCGCGUUAACACUAGAUGGUAAAAUCUUUUCUUGGGGUGAAGGCGAAGAUGGAAAAUUAGGCCAUGGGAAUCGCUUAACAAUGGAUAAACCUAAAAUGAUAGAAGCAUUGCGUUCAAAAAAAAUUCGGGAUAUAGCUUGUGGAUCUUCCCACAGCGCAGCUAUUACUUCCGCCGGUGAGCUUUAUACAUGGGGGUUAGGAGAAUAUGGUCGCUUAGGUCAUGGAGAUAAUGCUACUCAAUUAAAACCUAAAUUAGUAGCCGCUCUAAGUGGAAAAAGAGUUAUACAAGUUGCAUGUGGCAGCCGUGAUGCUCAAACAUUAGCAUUAACCGAAGAAGGAGCGGUUUAUUCUUGGGGCGAUGGAGAUUUUGGUAAACUAGGACGUGGUGGGUCGGAAGGAUCCUCGGUCCCCCAUGAGAUAGAACGUUUGACUGGGAUCGGUGUAAUACAAAUUGAAUGUGGAGCUCAAUUUAGUUUAGCUUUAACACGCACUGGAGAGGUUUGGACAUGGGGUAAAGGUGAUUACUAUCGCUUGGGUCAUGGCAGUGAUCAACAUGUACGUAAGCCACAACCAAUUCAAGGAUUACGAGGACGUAAGGUUAUUCAUGUAGCAGUGGGUGCUUUGCAUUGUCUUGCAGUAACUGAUAUUGGUCAAGUUUAUGCGUGGGGUGACAACGAUCAUGGGCAACAAGGUUCUGGCAACACCGUCGUAAAUAAGAAGCCAGCGUUAGUAAUUGGUUUAGACUCAGUUUUUGUAAAUCGGGUUGCUUGUGGUAGUUCCCACUCCAUUGCAUGGGGUUUACCACAGUCACCAGCAGAAGACGAAAAGAAAGGCCCAGUGCCAUUUGCCACUAUUAAAGAUCCUUUAGGAGGAACUAGCCUUGGUAUAUAUGAUUCAGAAACUGCGAAUACUACAGCGAAUUCCAAUGGUACAACCAAGCAAUCAAUGAAAACCAAUUUGAGUGAAACACUUUUAACGCUUGAAACGAAUGGGGCUCGUCAAACUGCUCUAAACUAUGUGCUGAAUGCAAUGAGUAUUCUACAAGCUAGACAACUCAUAAUAGCUGCUUUAACAAGUCACAGUAAAGUUAAUUUACAUGAUAAGCUCACCAAUGAAAUAGAAUCGGAUUAUGGUAGCUUGAAAGACACAGCCUUAGGAGUUAAUCUUAACCAUUCCAUAGCAAACAAUGCCAAUGAUAUUAUAGCUCAAGGUGGUGGAGAAGCUCCUGCAGAUGCCACCGAUCCAGCUGUUCAUGAACCAUCGCCCGAAUUAGACGCCCCAGCUCCGGCUGGGCCACUGAGUGCUUUCCAAAGCUUAACAGGUUCAUUAUCACUGUCGGCAUCGCUCUCUAGUGCAGCUCCACAUAAGCAUUCAAAAAUGUCAGCCAGCGCUAUGUCUGUAAUGGCCGCUACCAUGACACAUCAAGAAGAAAUGAUCGCUGAAACAUCGCUGACAGGACUCGAUGAUUUCACUUCACUAUUAGGAGAAUCAGAAGCUAAAAGUUUAGUCGAACUACUAAAAUUAAGUGUAGCCGGCCGUACGGGUCCUUCGAGUACGUCGCAGACGAUUGCGGAUACUUUAAUUGCGUUAGGCUCGAAUAGCACUUCCAUUGGCGCCAUGCUUUUAGAGACAUGUGUUACGGAGUUGGAAGAUUUAUGUACCUCGCGUCAUAGUUUAGAGAAAAUUCCGAAGCCCGUAAUGCAAGAGAGUAGUCAUCCUUAUGUGGACAAUGUUACGACGACUGGUCAUGUGAAAAUACUAGGUGCAGAAGCAUUGCGCUUGGAAUUCGACUCAAAUUGUUCUACUGAGAAGAGGAAUGAUCCCUUGGUGAUCAUGGAUGGGGCCGGGCGAGUUAUCGCUAUGCGUUCUGGUCGAGAAAUUUCUCAGUGGGCUUCUGAAAUCCGCAUUCCUGGCGAUGAAAUGCGUUGGAAGUUUACCUCCGAUAGUACGGUAAAUGGAUGGGGUUGGAGAUUUUGGGUGCAUGCCAUAAUGCCAACUUCAUCAAUGAAUGAACGAGGUUCUGAUCGUGCAGUGCUUUCCCAACCAUCAAUGGCUUUAGUAAUGGCUUUGUUAGAUGAGCGAUUAGGACCCAAUAAUAAUAGAGUAUUGUUGCGCUUAGCGGCAGCAUUGGCCGCUUGCGCUCAAUUAAAUUCUUUGACAACUGCUCAGCGCAUAUGGUCUUUAAAGCGAUUACAUGCUGUCUUAUUAUCCAAAUAUGCACCGAAACCUCUCGAUCCUUCUUUGAAUUCGAUUUUAAUGCCUUUGAUUCCCGAAUUAUUGCGGCAGUAUGAAUAUGAAGAACCGCAAGUACGCGGUGGAAUUCAUCUCAUGCAUUCAGACUAUUUUAAGACAUUGGCGGCUCUAGCUUGUGACAUGCAAUUGGAUGCGGUAUUGCCACCAACUGAUGUUCAUAAAUGGGCUUGGUUCAAACGCUAUUGUAUUGCCGUUCGAGUGGCUCAAUCCUUAAUUAAGAGAACUGAAUUACCCAAAGCAUUUUGUUUAGAAGUUCGAAAAAAAUUCACUGAAAUGAUACCACAACCUCAGAGUACCUGCCAACAAUCAGGUCCGACUAUGAUUAAUUCCACAACUUCGAUAGCUUCAUCUACGAGCACCACAAGUAAUCCUACUCCUCCUCCUUCACAAAUACAAGACGCCGCACCUUCUAUAGUUAACAUUUUAACCCCAAGUUCUUGCAAUUUAAUACAGUACAUUGAUUCGGUGAUGUCGUUAUCUCUACAUGACAAUUUAGGUGCUUGUGGUGGAUCAUCAGGAACUUUGCCGGGAGAAAAUGCUGUACGAUUGUUGCAUGAAGAUCAAAAUGUUUUUAAAGCUGAACACGACAGUCAGCUUCUCCAGUGGUUGAACCGAAGGCCAGAUGAUUGGGCAUUAUCAUGGAGUGGAGCCAGUACAAUUUAUGGGUGGGGUCAUAAUCAUAGGGGUCAACUUGGCGGUUUGGAAGGAAGUCGUAUAAAAACUCCUACGCCUUGUGAAGCUCUAAGUUUAUUGCGACCCGUACAACUGGCAGGAGGUGAGCAGACGUUGUUUGCUGUUACUCCUGAUGGCAAACUUUUUGCUACUGGUUAUGGGUGCGGAGGUCGUUUGGGAGUGGGGGGAACUGAUUCCUGGGCUGUUCCCACUUUAGUCGCUUCCUUGCAGCACGUUUUUAUUAAAAGAGUAGCUGUGAACUCUGGCGGGAAACAUUGCUUAGCUUUAACAACUGACGGUGAAGUGUAUUCUUGGGGUGAAGGCGAAGAUGGCAAAUUGGGUCAUGGAAACCGAAUGAGUUAUGAUCGUCCAAAAUUGAUAGAAGAACCUACUGGCGUUGGGAUUGUGGAUAUAGCAUGUGGCAGCGCACAUUCGGCGGCAAUUACUGCAACAGGGCAUGUAUUAACUUGGGGCAAAGGGCGUUAUGGCCGCUUGGGUCAUGGGGAUUCUGAGGAUCAGUUGCGUCCAAAAUUGGUGGAAGCGUUGCUAGGCUAUCGAGCAAUUGAUAUUGCUUGUGGCUCCGGUGAUGCUCAGACUUUAUGUAUAACCGAUGAUGACAACGUAUGGAGUUGGGGCGAUGGAGAUUAUGGCAAACUGGGGAGAGGUGGUUCUGAUGGUUGCAAAGUACCUGUUAAAAUCGAAAGUUUAUCAGGUUUAGGGGUGGUAAAAGUAGAAUGUGGCUCGCAAUUUUCGGUGGCUCUUACAAAGUCUGGAGCAGUAUAUACCUGGGGUAAGGGAGAUUUUCAUCGGUUGGGUCAUGGAACCGUAGAUCAUGUAAGGCGUCCUAAGAAAGUGACAGCUCUGCAAGGUAAAAAAGUGGUUUCUAUUGCAACGGGUUCUUUGCACUGUGUUGCGUGUACCGACACGGGCGAAGUUUACACUUGGGGCGACAAUGAUGAAGGUCAAUUAGGCGAUGGAACAGUUAGCGCUAUUGCUCGACCUAGACUUGUACAAGCUUUGGUAGGGAAGCACAUUGUUAAAGUGACAUGUGGCUCGGCCCAUACACUGGCUUUGUCUACGUUACAGUUAUCAGAGAGAGUCAGACCGCCUCUUAAUCCACCGCUAGAAUAUGAUUUAGUUCGAGACUUGCCACCGGAAGCUCUACACGCCCGCUUAGUACUGUUGCAUCACUUUUCAGAAUUAUUGUGUCCCUGUUUGGCCAUGCUACCUAUCACAGGAGACUUAAGUUUGGGCGCUUUAAAAGAUGUUUUAGUAUAUACUAUUAAAGAGGCAGCCUUUCGUAAAGUAAUACAAACGACGAUGGUGCGUGAUAGACAGCACGGCCCAGUUAUCGAACUGAAUCGCAUCCAGGUAAAGCGUUCACGAAACAAAUCUGGUAAUGGUCUAGCGGGUGUUGAUGGCAUGAAGAGUGUGUUUGGGCAAAUGGUUCAGAAGUUGCCCUUACUUACUCAAGAAGCGCUGUCUUUACCGCAUAGAGUGUGGAAAGUAAAAUUCGUAGGUGAAUCAGUAGAUGAUUGCGGUGGAGGCUACAGUGAGUCAAUAGCUGAAAUGUGUGACGAAUUGCAAAACGGAAGUGUGCCCUUGCUUAUAACUACACCUAAUGGUCGUGGUGAAGCUGGUGCCAAUCGCGAUUGUUUCCUUUUAGAUCCCACGCUAACAUCAGUACUACAAAUGAAUAUGUUUCGUUUUCUGGGCGUAUUGAUGGGUAUUGCUGUUCGUACAGGAUCACCUCUAAGUUUAAAUUUGGCUGAACCGGUUUGGCGUCAAUUAGCCGGUGAGCAAUUAAGGCCAUCUGACCUUACCGAAGUCGAUCGGGAUUAUGUAGCCGGUUUGUUGUGCAUUCGCAAUAUGGAUGACGAUCCUAAGGUUUUUAGUACUCUGGAAUUGCCUUUUUCUACUUCAUCCGCUAAGGGACAUGAAGUGCCGCUUUCCACACGUUAUACUCGAAUAACCCCUCAAAAUCGUCACGAAUAUGUGCGUCUGGCUUUAAAUUUCCGGUUGCAUGAAUUUGAUGAACAAGUGAAAGCCGUGCGGGAUGGUAUGUCGAAGGUAAUACCAGUGCCGCUGUUAUCGCUCUUUUCGGCUGCCGAACUUCAAGCAAUGGUUUGUGGAUCUCCAGAUAUUCCCUUAGGUUUACUGAAAUCUGUAGCUACAUAUAAAGGAUUUGACCCCAAUUCUCCAAUUGUUCAAUGGUUUUGGGAGGUUAUGGAAGAAUUUACUAAUCAGGAGCGUUCAUUGUUCUUGCGUUUUGUUUGGGGCCGCACACGUCUGCCACGUACUAUUGCUGAUUUCCGUGGACGCGAUUUCGUUUUACAAGUUUUAGAGAAAAAUCCGCCGGAUCACUUUUUGCCUGAAAGUUAUACUUGCUUCUUUUUGUUGAAAAUGCCACGAUACUCCUGCAAGCCCGUGUUAAUGGAGAAAUUGAAAUACGCCAUACACUUUUGCAAGAGCAUUGACACGGACGAAUAUGCCCGAGUUGCCAUGGGCGAUCCCACCGAAGCAACCGGCAGUGAGGACAACAGCGACUUAGAAUCUGUAGCAAGUAAUGAAGCGUAAAUAUCGCAAUACAUCAAAAAAAGAAAAAAAAAAAAAAGAGAAGAGGACAUAGCAAAAAACACAACAUAUUAGACUUAAAAAAAUCUUAUUUAAAUUUGAAAAUACGAUGUAGUUUUUAUUAGUGUGUGUAGUAGUAAAUUUAUGGAACAAAUUGUUUUAAAAUAACGGAAACAUAACCGAAACAACCAAUGCAUACAAUUGAACACUAUGGCCAACUAUGAAAUCAGCAUUUGCUAGAAUUUGAAACGGCUUAGUUUUAUCCUUUUAAAAUUCUAAAGUUUGCAUUAUAUUAAAGGUUUGCUUUGUUUAGUUUAGACGCAAUAUGCGGUAAUGCGAUAAUAGUAACUGUAAAAAAUUAGUUUCAUUCUAACUUGCAACUCACGCAAUAUUCUCCUAAUGAGAAUUCCUAGAAAAAAAAUGCGAACUCAUCAUAUAGAGAUAAUUAGCUUAGUAACUCACUCUCAUUCAUUUAACUACAUUUUAAAUUUUAAUUUCUUUCGGAAAUUAUAUUGUAUUUAGCUCACCAUUCUCUUAUAUUUAGUGUACUUCUAUUCAAAUUGAUUAAAUUAAUUUAAUUCUUGUGCAAUUAAAAAAGCAAAUAUUCUCCCAUAUUUUAUAAUGGUUAUUGU